CCCAAGUCGCAAGCAAGCCAGAGAUCCCAAGCCUCAAGAUGCCGAACCCGCAGGUGUUCUUCGACAUGACCGUUGGCGGCGCCCCCGCCGGCCGCAUCACCUUUGAGCUGUUCGCCGACAAGGUACCCAAGACGGCCGAGAACUUCCGCGCGCUGUGCACGGGCGAGAAGGGCGUGGGCCGCUCGGGCAAGCCGCUGCACUACAAGGGCAGCGCCUUCCACCGCGUGAUCCCCAACUUCAUGUGCCAGGGUGGCGACUUCACGCGCGGCAACGGCACGGGCGGCGAGUCGAUCUACGGCGAGAAGUUCCCGGACGAGAACUUCCUGCUCAAGCACAAGGGCGAGGGCAUCCUGUCCAUGGCCAACGCCGGCCCCAACACGAACGGCUCGCAGUUCUUCAUCUGCACGGUGGAGACCUCGUGGCUGGACGGCAAACACGUCGUCUUCGGCCGCGUCGUGGACGGCAUGGACGUCGUCAAGAACAUCGAGGCUGUGGGCUCGCAGUCCGGCCAGACCAAGAAGGCCGUGGUCAUCGCCAACUGUGGCGAGCUGUAAGCAAGCCAUUGCCCCCACCCGCCACUGAUUGCUGAGUGACCAGCGACGGCUGCGCCCGCGGACCUGCAGCGCCCGAGUUCUCGCGAUUCGCGCUGGCUGAGGACGCGGACGCGCCUGCUUCACAUGGAUAAUUAAACGGAUGCUUCUUUCCCCGCUUUU